AUGAAGGUUCUUCUGGUUCUAGCUGCACUACUGGCAGCAGUAAGUGCCAUACCCAUUGAGGGAGAGCAAGUCAACGGAGAGAACGGCUGGUACAUACCACAGCUGGAUGGCUCUUUCAAGUGGAUGGACUUGGAGGAAGCGGAGCAACUGCUGGCAAAUGGUGAUCAAAUCGAAGGCCGCAUCAGCACCAAUGCUGUGAAUUUCUAUCUAUACACCAAGUCUAAUCCCACUUCGGGACAACAAAUUGAGGCUUCGUGGUCGUCCAUUUCUGGCUCGAACUUCAACUCAAAUCACGGAACUCGUUUUGUCAUCCAUGGAUGGACCCAGAGCUACACUGAUUCCAUGAAUACCGAGAUCACCAAAGCAUGGUUGUCCCAAGGCGACUACAAUGUUAUCAUCGUCGAUUGGGCUCGCGCUCGCUCUGUUGAUUAUGCUUCCUCGGUUCUAGCUGUUCCCGGCGCUGGUGCCAAGGUCGGUGAUAUGAUCAACUAUCUUCAGAAUAGUUAUGGUAUGUCGUUGGAUACCCUUGUAGUUAUUGGUCACAGUUUGGGCGCUCAUGUUUCUGGUUAUGCCGGCAAAACCGUUGGCGAGGGCAGAAUUCAUGCAAUUGUUGGUCUAGAUCCUGCUCUUCCUCUGUUCAGCUAUGACAGCCCUAACAAGCGUCUUAACAGUGCUGAUGCCUGGUAUGUGGAGUCUAUUCAGACCAACGGCGGUAAUCUUGGUUUCCUGAAACCCAUUGGCAAAGGCGCCUUCUACCCCAAUGGCGGCAAGUCCCAACCCGGCUGUGGUCUCGAUUUAACCGGCUCCUGCUCCCACGGACGCUCUGUGACCUACUACGCCGAAGCCGUUACCCAGGAUAACUUUGGCACCGUCAAGUGCGGCGACUAUGAGGCAGCCGUUGCCAAUCAGUGUGGCAGCACCUACAGCAGCGUUCGCAUGGGAGCUGUAACCAACGCAUACAUGGUUGAUGGUGAUUACUAUGUUCCUGUGAAUAGCGAUGCUCCAUUUGGCAAAAUUAACUGA